AAAGGAUUACGAGAACGAUUUGGGAAAUCUACAGGGACUGCUCUUAAGUCAUUUUAAAGAAGUCGCAUCACUGCGCCGCCAUUUUUACAAUGCUAAUGAUGACUACAUUCGUUUUUACAACGGUGUAUAUGUAACAACCAUGAACAACAUGCUUAUUUUAAGAAAACUACUCUUUCAGCUACCUUCCAAUGUCUCAUUCGUUUAUCUAGAACCUUCAGUCACUAGGGUGAAUUCACGUGACAGCGACUUCCGCUAACAAUAUUUUAAUAUGGCAUUUCUUGGAGAGGAGCAGUUCAAUGCCUUGCAACUGCUAUUAAAGGCUCCGUCUAAAGAUGCAGUCCGGCAGAUAUGCACACAGAGUUACACAGCUGCAGCGCUCAAGUCUCAGUCUUUAGUAGAAAACACUGCAAAAUUGCUGUCCGCUACUAAUGAUGAAGCUAUUCAGGUUCUGACAGCUUUUCACAAUCUUUCCCAUCAUGUUGUGUAUCAUGACCUAAUCUCCCCUGAUCAAAUCCUGCCUGUUUUCCCAGAAUCAUUCCACUCGAAUCUAAAGAAUCUGAUAGCCAAAAUUAUCUUGGAGAACAGUGUCACUUGGAGAAAUGAAGCCUUAUCCAGCCAAAUUUCACUGCCAAAGCUGGUGGAUAUACACUGGCGAGUGGAUAUGAAGACAGCAUCAGACUCUUUAAGUCGUAUGGCUGUGCCAACCUGUCUGCUACAAAUGAAACUUGAGGACACUCCAUGCAUCGUUGGUAGUCCAAAUGAGUCCACAGUUACAGUGGAGCUGAGUAAAGAGACAUUGGACACUAUGAUAGAUGGCUUGGGACGCAUAAGGGACCAGCUGACCGCGGUGGCAAGGAAGUAGAGCAGGAGAGAAGAUCUUGCACACAUUUGUUUAUAGAAUGUUAAAAAUAAAUGAAGAAUGCUGAAGAUGCAAAAGAUAGAGAAGUGUAAACCAUUAUCUAGUUCAGCUUGAAACUGAAUGGUCUAUUCAUGGUCAUGAAUUGAAAAAAAAAUGCUUCUUUAAAUUGACAACUGUUUGAUGAGGUGUAUGAAAGAUCAAUAUUGGUGACUUUCUUAAAAUGUUAUUAAAUCAAAAUGUUUUGUGUCUUAUGAGGACUGUCCAUAGACAUAUUCUGUACUGCACAAACUUAACAGUGGCAAAAAAUUAUGUAAACCCUUUGAAAUUGGUUGGUUUAACUGCAUUUAUAGUCUGUAAAAAUCCAGGUAAAGUUAUUAACUGUUUUCUACAUGGACACACAGUGUGAAGAACAUUGAGUGAAAAUAAUACUGCCAUAUCUUAAUAAAUUGACCAUGUAAAAAAUUUAAAUUAAUGUAAAAGCAAAAUAAUGCUGCUGAUCUCAUAAUUUAAAAAUAUAUAUUUACCCUGUGUUUUGCAGACCAUGUUACAAAUGUCAUCUUAUUAUCAUAGGCACAACUAUACACAAACACAAUUAUAUUCUUUAAUGACUUGAUUUGACAUGAUUCCAUUAAACAUUCACAGUACUGUGUGUAGAAAGUGAAA